CUUUAAAACAACCUUGGAAAAAGUCAUGGCACUAAGGUUGAGACAAAUACGUUACAGUGGAUUCAUCACGCGGGGCCUCCACGACGGGCGAUUUUUUCCUCAUCCAUCUUCUCUCUCCAUGUUGUUUAUCAUUCUCUUGAAUAACAGGCUGACUGAUGGACGGGGAAGUCAAGUGUGAAGCAUUGAAAUGUUUCAUCCCGGUAUAUCAUUGUGAUUGUCCCUCUUGCUCGCAUACCUGCUAGUUUUUCCUGUCCCCUAUCGCCCCUUUUGUCCCUCCGAGAACAUGCCAUCAUGAACCCGACCUCGGAUGCCACCACGACACCCCCGAUGACCGGUGCCAUCCGGACUGAAUCCCGAAGGAAGACAUCGGGGGCUAUAGCGAAAAGGGCCUGCGACCAAUGCAAAUUUCGGAAGAUCAAGUGUAGUCUAUCACAACCAUGUAAAGCAUGUGUGUCUAUGGGUUUUGAAUGCACCUUUUUUCAACCCCAGAAGAAACGGGGUCCAACUGGACAUCGUGUAUCGCAGAUCCGGCAGCAACAAACCCAUGUGUUAAGCAAAAAUCCCCCGACCUCACAAAGCCAAGUCAAUUCCAGCGCCUUUCCUACCACUUUCCCAUAUCAAGCAGAGCCUCCCCCGCGGGAAGAGGGUCGACAUGAUGCGACACCAUGGCCUAUUCCAGGUGGCGAUGUUUCCGUGCCCGUCGACCUUGCGCAACCCCAUGCGACGGCGGCGGUUGCUCCUGGCUGGGGUGUAGAUACUUCGUCUAUGGCAUCUCACAGUAACAGUGCGAUAAGCUGGAAUGAGAGAAACGAUGUGGAGUAUUGGCUGCCGGAUAAUUUAGAUGCUCAAAUGCCCAUUUUUGAUUUCCCGGGCACGAAUAUCUAUCUAAGGACAUCUCUGCCCUCUAUCAUUCAGAAUGAUGCGGACUCUUCGGGUCUGCAAGCACAGAGUUUAGAAACUCAUAGCAUUCCGGCUCCUGUGCCGGAUGUGGAUGUUACCAAGCAAGAACCAAGUCAUACGAGAGCGUUAUGGCCCUCGUCGAUCGUGGAGGCAAACAUGAUUCCAUGGAUUGACGUCUAUUUUGAUCGUCUGCACCCGACUUUGCCAGUGCUAAAUCGGUCUUCGUUGUUCAUCCGGAUGUUAUCCCAUGAACAUCGUAAAAAUCCUCAGUUUGGCUCGAUGUUGCUGUCGCUGUGCGCCUUCUCGCUUACCCAGCCCAUUGAGAUAGAUGAGCGACCCACUUCUCAAUCUCGAGCUGGCCAGGCCAGGUUAAUGAUGACCGAAGCUACAAGAAUGAGAAGCUGCUCUGAUUUUGGCGAAAAUCCGACUAUCGAGGCCGUCCUCACAAGCUUCUUCCUAUUCGGAUGCCUUUUCGGUAGUAAUCAGCACAACGCAGCAUGGCUUCGUCUAAGGGAGGCUUUAGAUCUCGCCGCUACAUUGGGGUUGAACGACCCAAAUUCUUAUCGCGAUCUACCUGGUGACGAAAAGGGCCAGCGUUUGCGAACUUACUUAGUCUUGUCUAUAACGGAGAGAGCGUAUGCAUUACAGCGUAGGCAUCCGAUUACCUUUUGGGGAAAGCCUGGUUUUAGCAUGCGUUCUGUGCAUGACUUUAUUCAUAAUGCCACGCAUAGUCUUGUUUCCGGGAUUAUAGUUCAUAAUGAGAAAGAUGCUGAAGGAAUGAUGGGUUUAGCCCGUUUGAUGGAGCUCUUUGAUGCUGUGGACGAGGAUGUCGUCGACUGCUGGAACCGGCGGUGCAGCAUCGACUCUGGUUAUUGUGAAAAGCUGACCGAAGCGAAAGCUUUGGCCAUCCACCAAAAUCUUAGUCGAGUUAGCGAGUCUGAACGAUAUAAGGGAUAUGACUGGUUUGAACGCACGAAAUCAGCUUCUGGAGAGACUCGUAACACUCAGCCAGCGAUGGGGUUGAGAGAAACGCAGUGUGCGGAUGUUUUUAUCACCAAGAAGUGGCUUCAGAACCGCGUAUGGGUUCUAUGCUCCACCCAUGGUCUACUGAAGCCUUCGUCCGACCACCAUGAGCUCUGUUUCAACUACUGCAUUUCUGUCGCAAAGGAUACGCUCAAAAUCUGCCAGUCAUUGAGACUGAGCUCCAUGGAAGCACAUGGGAUAGGCCUCGUCGAAAAAUUGUAUGACAUCGCUGUCAGUGCCAUCAGCGUAUCGUCUAAUGUCCAGCUGUCUCUGGGGAAUGGUUUCCCUCUGGUACCUCCCGUAACCGAAUCGAUGUCGAAGUCAAGCGUCUCGCCACCAAGUUUUCCAGGAUCCAUGCACUCAGGCGCCGCUACCACGCUGCCUCAGUCCCUAGCGGAGGACUUUCUACUUUUGCUAAAUAGCCUUCGCGGUGGGAAUCAUCCUUACCUAGAAAGAUACAAGGCCUUCUUGAGCGCCUCGAACAUCCGGAGCAACACUUAUAGUAACUGGUCUUCACAAGUUCAAACAGCACAUACCCCUAGCGGUGCUUGAUUGUUGCUUAUGUGUUAUCUUUGAUUUGAUUUUCUCGUUUCUAGGCUUUGGCGUAUUGGUGGUGUCCCGAUUGAAGGCAUGCAAGGAGUUCUCCCUCGGGUCUCAUGGAAGAGACAUAUUGAGUCGGAUUAUUCGCCGAUUAUUGAAGACGGAGCUAACUUGAGUAGUGGCUCUUGAUUACAUGCUAUAGUUAGAUCAAGUGUACCAAUGUAUACCCAGAUUACGACCGGACGGGGAUGUGUCGAAUGCAGGGAGUUAAUAUACA